AUGCCGCUGUCGAAAUUGAAUGGAGUCAGGCUCCCCGCUUCUGCGGACCUUCAUGUGCACCUGCGCGAAGGAGAUAUGAUGGAGCUUGUGACGCCCACUAUCCGACAAGGAGGCGUCAACACCGUGUUUGUCAUGCCCAACUUGGUCCCCCCUGUGACCACUGUCGACCGUGCGCUCGAGUACCAGAAGCGCCUGCAGGCCAUCGAGCCCAAUGUCACCUUCCUCAUGUCUCUGUACCUCCAUGAGACCGUCACGCCCGAGACGAUCAUCGACGCCAAGAAGCGAGGCAUCGCCGGCGUCAAGAGUUACCCGGCCGGUGUAACCACUAACUCUUCCUCGGGUGUGGUAGACUACACCGAGUUCUAUCCCGUGUUCGCCGAGAUGGAGCGUCAGGACUUGGUCCUGAACCUCCACGGCGAGAUUCCUUCCAAGGGUGACGUCACGGUCUUGUCCGCGGAGGAGCGCUUCCUGCCUACCCUGUUGCAGUUGCACGAGCGUUUCCCCAAGCUCCGCAUUAUCCUGGAGCACUGCACCACGGCGGCGGCUGUCGAGGCCGUCAAGAAAUGCGGUCCCACGGUGGCCGGUUCCAUCACGGCACACCAUCUGUCGAUCAUCAUCGACCACUGGGCCGGCGACCCGUUCUGUUUCUGCAAGCCCGUUGCCAAGACGCCCGCUGACCGCGACGCCCUCCUCCGCGCGGCAGUUUCUGGCGACCCCAAGUUCUUCUUUGGCUCGGACAGUGCCCCCCACCCGGCUGCCUCCAAGCGGGGAGGGGACAAGAUCGCAGCGGGCGUGUUUACGCAGCCGUACACGACCCAGCUCGUGGUCGACGCCUUUGAGCAGGCCUGCGAGAACGGCGUGUUGAAAGAGGAAGACAUCACUCCCCAGGUUAUUGAGAAUUUCAUGAGCAAAUUUGGCCGAGCCUUCUACGGCAUUGGCGAGGAAACCAAGGAGUUCAUUACCCUCCAGAGGAAAGACGAGACGAUCAUGGACAUCCUGCAGUCGGACAAGGUGGACGUCGUUCCGUUCCGGAGAAACCAGCAGACAUGGAGCGUGUCCUGGUCGGCAUAG